AUGCGCGCCCUGCUGAAGCGACAGCCGCCGAAGGCCGUUGCACAGCUGCUGGUGCUCUUGCUGUGGGGCCUCGUGCCCCUCUCGUGGCUGUACGUGCUGGCAUUCGUAGGCAUAAGGGCGUACUAUGCGCACAACCCCACGGAGCUGUGCCGCCUGCUGUUCACGGCGCGGCUGCCACCGGCCGUCCAGCUACGGCCACGCCUUGCGCGCGUACUGAGCCUGCGGCGCCUGUUUGUGUGGGCCCUCAUUGAGAUGGCGUUUUCGACAUACUACCGGCUGCUGGCGCGGCGCAUCCAGGCGCGGCAGGCAGGCCACAAAAAUACGCGCCGAUCGGUCGUGCAGGCCAUCACCUCGUCGCUCACCGACGGCCUCGACGAGCUGGAGCGCAAGUCCCUCGUGCGCUACGGCAGCCAGGGGGAGAUGCCGUCACUCACGCAGGCGCUGCCGUACAACGACCCCCGCGCCGUGCAGUUCCGCUACGAGAUGGCAGGCUGGUUCCUGGGCGUGGCGCCCGAGCACAUCUCGCGCCGCGACGUGCAAGACUGGCUCGCAUGGUCGCUCUUUGGCCAGGAGUUCGUGGAGCUGGACAUGGACGACGAAAAGAUGCGCAUCGUCGAGCACACCGUCGAGCUGUUCGCCGCGCGCCGUGGCCUGCCGUUCCCCGAGGACGUGCAGCUGACGCCGCAGGAGGCCAAGGCCAAGCGCGUGAUGAUGCUCACGCUCGAUCCCGUGCAUGUGCACACGCGCCCGCUGCUCCUCUACGCGGGCACGUUCUUGCUGACCCACGCGGCGCUCGCCGUGCUGCGCGGCCUCGGCCUCGAGCGCCACUGGAUCGGCGACCUGCCGUACCUCGUGUACGUGCCGGACGGCUGGACGCCCGAGCGCUCCGCGCGCGGCGAGGUGCCGCUGCCGGCCGUGCUCCUGCACGGCCUGGGCUUUGGCGUCGUCCAGUAUGCGACCGUGAUGUACGGGCUGCUGUGCCCGGGCGGCCGCCGCGCGUCGCGCCCCCUGCUCGUGCCGCUGCAGCCGUGGAUGUCGUACGACUUUUUUUCGCCGCGCUUCCUGCGCCCCUGGCAGGCGCCCGAGGCGUGUGCGGCGGUGAUGCGGAUGCUCCAGCGCCACGGCUUCGACCAGUGCGGCGUCUCGAUCCUGUCGCACAGCAUGGGCACGAUCCUGCAUACGUGGCUCCUGCGCGCGUGGGGCCCGGCGCUCGUGCGCCGCUCGCUGCUCGUGGACCCGGUGUGCUUCCAGCUGUGGGCGCCGCACAUCUGCUACCGCUUCCUGUACAAGCCCGCCGACUCGUUUGUGGAGUUUGUCCUGCGCUACUUUGUCGCGCGCGAGCUCGGCACGGCGAACCUGCUCAUGCGCCACUUUGACUGGUCCGCCAACGUGCUCCUCACCGACGAGAUGCCCGACCGCCGGCAGCACCCCGUGCGCAUCUACCUGGGCGGCGCCGACACGGUCGUCAAGGCCUCGAGCGUGAUCCAGUGCCUCUCGCGCGCCGGCCUCAAGGACGUGAUCGAGCACCGGCCUUUAUCCUGGGCCCCAACAACAUGCUAA